AUGAUAGUGCCAUGGUGUUCUCAAUUGGAGGUAUUAUCACAUCCUUCAUUGGGGUGUUUUGUCACACACUGUGGGUGGAAUUCUACAUUGGAGAGCUUGGUUACUGGGGUUCCGGUGGUGGCGUUUCCUCAUUGGUCCGAUCAAACGACCAAUGCUAGAAUGAUUGAAGAUGUGUGGAAGACGGGGGUGAGGGUGAAGCCAAACGGAGAAGGAACUGUCGAGGAUAAUAAGCUUAAGCAAUGUAUAGAGAUGGUUAUGGGAGGUGGAGAAAGAGGAAAAGAAAUGAGGAACCCCACUAAAGUAUGUGCGAAGAACGCCAUCGCUAGCGUGGUCAGAAAAGGCAACAAGGUCGAUGUCCCUGGUGCUAAUAACGACACCGUGAACAACCACACCCAUGGCGUGGCAUCAGCUCCAUGGGCGACGCCCUCGACAGUAGGAGAUGUUGGGUUACCGGAGAUACCGAAGAGGGAGGAGCCAAAGGGGGAGUCACUCAAAAGGGAGGCACCCAAGAGGGAGGCAUGCAGAAGGAAGGUGCCCAAGAGAGAGACGUCCAAGGGAGAGGUGCACAAAAGGGAGGCGUCCAAGAGGGUGGCGCCCAUGAGGGAGGCGCCCAGGAGGGUGGUGCCCAAGGGAGAGACGCCCAGGAGGGCGACGUCCAAGAGGGAGGCGCCCAAGAAGAAGGUGCCCAAAAGGGAGGCACCUAGGAUGGAGGUGCCUAAGAGGGAGGAGCACAAGGUAGAGGUGCCCAAGGCGGAGGCAUCCAAGAGACAAGCGCCCAAGGGAGAGGUGGCCAUAGUCACCUAG